AUGGAAGCCAUUCAGACUGACCCAGAUGCAUUGUUCAACCGUGGCAACCAGUUGGACGAUGAGGGCAGAUAUGAUGAGGCGAUUGAGGCAUACAGGCAGAGUGCUUCGAUAAGUGGGGAACGAGGACGUGUGCCUCAAGACGUGCUGCUGAAUUUGGGCUUCAGCUUGCGGAGUGCUGGCCGCUGUCUGGAAGCUUCUGAGACCUGGCGUGAAGCCUUGAAUCAAGAGCUUGUGUCUCAUGGUGGUCAGGGUGCUGAUAGCCAUGUACUCCGACAGCGUGCUGUCCUGUUGGCAUCUGGUCGUGUUGACUUUGCAGCCUCCGAAAAGAUGGCAAAGGCCUUGCGAAUGCUCAAUGCCUUUGGGCUGGGAAGUGUUCUCCCAGAAGGAGCCACUGGAAACGAACUACAUCGCUUGAGGUUUGAGGAAUGGUCAUCGAUGGCGGAUGGUUCAGUUUCAUUUGCGCGGGUCCUGGCAGGGCUGCUGUGCGUCGGCGAAGCUUGGCCGAAGGCAGCCGUUGACGCUCUUGGAAACUCUGUGGGUGCGCUAAUUGAGGUUGGCUUGCUCGAGGAAGUGUUGCCUGGAUUUCUGGUGGCCAACAUGCAGGUCUAUCCAUUCCAAGGAUUUCUACUUCUCACGGACUGGCCCAGCGUCACAGUCGGUCCAGCUGAGCCUGUCAUGGCGAUAGGUACUGAUUCCCUCGAGCUGUGCCUUGCCCUUGGCAAGUUUGAUGGAUUGGCUGGUCAGAGAGUCCUGGACCUUUGCUGUGGCAGUGGGGUAGCUGCAUUGCAUGCACUACGUUGUGGCGCUACAGAAGCAGUAGCAGUUGAUCUAAGCCAGCGAGCUUGCGAUGUGACAAAGGCAAAUGCCAUCAUCAAUGGAUUCGACUCCAAGAUCAUCACAUACCAGGGGGACCUUUAUUCAGCUCUGGUCACUGCGGGAAAGACAGCCAGAGAUUUUGAUCUCAUUGUGGCAAAUCCACCAUUUGUUGCUGCUCCAGAAGACGCCAAAACAUCACUCUAUGUGCAUGGUGGUCCUGAUGGCUUAGCAAUCACGAGGCAAAUUUUCCAGGCGCAAUUUGAAGAAAGAGGUUCUAUUGUAGUUAUUGGUGAAUUUCCAAACCUUUCGCACCACUUACCUCCGUGGCUUUCAAAUUCUCCUGGCUGGCAAUAUGUUGCCUUCUUUGCAGAGGAACAUCGCCAGAAGGCAGAGGUAUACGCAACCGAGCGUGCACAGCCACCUCAAGCCAAAGACGUGUGGUGGCAGUCUUUGGUCCAAGUCGGAGUAAAGGACGUAACAUCUGCUCUUGUUGUCGCCAGCUUCGACUCAACAAGGUGCAGUGAAGCCAGUUGGGAAACCUUCGUUUGGCCGGCACAAGAUGCGGAUCAAAGCUGGACCCUUGUGCUGGAUUUCUGGGAGGAAACAUGCUCAUUUUGGGGAACCAAGGUUCCAUUAGACACCCCACUUUUGCCCGUGCUCCAAUUGCAGUGGUGGGAGAGGCCUUUCUUUCCAACGUCCAUAAUGUCCAUGACAUCACAGAAUAUCUACCGUUCCGAGUCAGUCAACCAAGUUACUAGUACCCAUUAUUCUCAUCACUUCUCAUAUCUUAAGACAUCAUUAGACUAUCAACGCGAAGUUCAGAGCUGGUGGCAGAUUUAA